AUGGUUUUCAAGAAGCUGGUGUGCUUUAUCUAUAAUCAUCUUAUUGGUAAUGGUGAUCAUCUAAGAGCGCAACCAACGUUCUGGGAAGCUCCCUCACUUCUUCACAAGGUGAGCUUGGAUGAGGUUGAGGUUGAGGUCGAGGUCGAGGUCGAGGUUGAGGGUGAGGUGUGUUGCGUGUGUCUGUCAAGAUUAAAGAAGGGACAGGAGGAAAUGCGUACUCUUCCUUGCCUGCAUGAGUUUCACAAGAUUUGUGUUGAUAGGUGGUUCAAUCAUGUGUGCCGGAAAACCUGCCCAGUAUGUCGGUUUUCCAUGGGAGGAGAGGACAAGUUUCAUACACAGCAAGUGCUCACUGAUGAGAUGGUCAUAUGGUUUUCUUCUUUUCAUGUAGCUGGUUUCUAA